AUGGCAGAACCAAACAGUAAUCAAGGGAACUUGACCCAGUUCCGUAUCUUAACUGGCUCUUACGAACAUAAUUUGCUUUGUUUAUCACUUAUCGUGCCUAGGAAUCCUGAAAAAACUCCAGUUUUUCAGCCUAUUUUCCAUUUUGAAUCACAUUCAUUAUCGAUCUAUUCCAUCAGUUCUUCCAAAAGAUACCUCGUAACCGGAUCCAAGGAUGAGCAUGUGAAGAUCUAUGAUUUACAGAAGCGUAAAGAAUUAGGAGACUUGUUGGCCCAUCAAGGUUCAGUCAACACUUUGAAGUUUUCAAAUAACGGCAAGUGGUUAUUAUCUGGGUCAAAUGAUAAUACAAUAAUCAUUUGGGGAGUUCAAGAUUGGGAACUUUUUGGGAAAUUAAAGGGCCAUAAGGAUGCCGUUAAUGACUUGGCCAUUCAUCCAUCAAAUAAGAUUGCUAUUAGUUGUUCAAAUGACAAUACUUUAAGAUUAUGGAAUUUGAUGACGGUUAAGAAAGCUGCGGUCUUGAAAUUAAAAUACAAAAUCACGAAAGCCCAAAAACCACAAAUUAUCCGAUGGUCAUUAGAAGGGAACUAUUUCGUUGUUGCUCUCAUGAACAGAGUUCUCAUUUAUGAUACUAAUACCAGUAAAGUUGUUCACAUUAUGAAGAUGAAACAUACAAUUAUGCAUAUGGAAAUUUAUAAGAUCAAGGAAGUGGAGUAUUUGGUUAUAAGUCUUAACAAUGCGUCAAUAGAGUUCUUCGAUCUUCAUAAAGUCAUUGAUUCUCAUAAAGAUGAUGAUGAGGAAGAAGAAGAAGAAGAAACUAAAAAACCAGAUGAACCCGAAUUUAGACUCAUCGGUCAUGCUAGCCGUGUGAAGGACUUCAAGUUAUUCCAGCCUAGUGAUUGUGAUACAGUGUUUUUUAUUUCUAUUUCCUCAGACGGUAAAAUUGUUGUUUGGAACAUGGACACUAAGGAUCAAAUUGCCGUAUACGACGCGGGUGAAAGAUUGAAUUGUGUGGAAGUUGUUCCUGAAGCAGUUGAAAAAACCGCCACCAUGAGAAAAAGACAACUUGAAGCUACGGAUUCCGGUUAUAAGACUGAAAGUGAAUAUGAAACUGAUGGCGAAGGAUCCAGAAAAAUCUUAUUCGGUACUGGUGGUAAUAAGAAAAAGAGAACGAAGAAUAAGAAGAUGAAGCGUGAGAAUAAGGCUUCUGUCGAAAUUGAAUGA